CUUAAAAGAUAUGGGCUCAUGUGAGCUUAGGGCAUCUUCAGCAGCUUCUCUUCAAUUGGCCGCUUCAUCUCUGCCAUUGGAGCCCCGUGGGCACUGGGACCCGAGCAGUGCCGCAGGGCCAAAGCCACGGACUCCCGCCACCGGCGCCAUGGAAAAGCAGCCCAGCGAUCCGGACAUAGACCUUCUCAGCAGCACCCUGGAGACCUCGUGGCCAGCUGCUAGGCCGGAGGAGGCCCCCGAGGCCUUAAAGCGGCAGAGCCCUAAGAGCCCGGUGGGCAGCCCCCAGCGGAACAGUGGCCAAGGAGGCCCCAUCUCGAAGCCUGUGGGGCUGCCGCCAUGGUCUCUGCCCCAGCCCUCGCCCCCUCCCCCUUUCCUCGACGACCCCCCCUCCUUGGGCACCUCCGGGAUUAGGAGGCCCUUCUCCCGCGUUCAGAUCCCGCUGACUGAAUGCCGACCCCACGACUUCGGGACGGAAGUCACUGCCCUCACCUGCAGCCUCCAGGACCUGGGGCUCGGCCACCAGGCCCAGACCAGAUCUGGCCCGGCGCCCGAUCCCGAACGGAAUCCGGACCUCCAGCAGGAGCAGCCGCGCCGGGCUUCCUCUAGGAGACAGGAUGCCCAGCUGCCCGACAGGCCCCGGCCCCUUGGCUCGGUGGCCAAGUGCCCGUGUAAGAACAAGCCCCGCCGCCACCACCAUCUCCGUCGACACCUUCACCACCGUCGCCAUCUGUUCCUGGCGUCUCAUCUGGGCUUCUCUUCUUUUGAGACCUUCCCACGGGAGAGGAGGCAUGGAGGCCAAGAAUCGCAGCAACCAACGGUUCUAAUUAUCCUGAAGAAACAUUGACCUGUGAGACCCACCUCUGGUCCGGGGACUGGUGGUGCUGGCCCCUCCCCCUUCCCCCUUCACUAGGUGCCAUAGUGGUUAGAGUUGGGGUCUGGAGGGACCUAGAUUCUUGGCUUAGCCAGGCCUGAGCCCUGUGAGCUCUCCGUCCCGCGCCCCGCCCCGCCCCCAGGCCUCUGCUUUGUUUUGGGAUGGAACUGCUGUCCCUCCCACUCUUAAACCCCCCCCCCUCCAUCUCCCACCCCCAUUUUUUAAAGUUUUUUCUUAGGAUGAGGUUGAGGCACCACCCUCUCCUCCUGGGAGCCUGGAAAACUUCCUCUAGUCUCCUUUCUUCUGUUACAUGCAAAAGAAAAUGAAUCUUUGUACAUAGUUUUUGUAAUGGCAUCUUAAUAAAUUGGAAAUGAUUACA